AUGAGAGUUGCAGUCCACACAAUUCGUGAAAUCUUGCAAGUGCGUGUGCAUGUUGCUGGGUCUCAAUUCGAUCGUUCUUUGAUGCCACAGCCCGAAUUUCUCCUCUCGACAGCCAUUGUAUUUUGCACAGAACAACAUGGUGGCACUCAAUUACAAGCGUCGUGGCGAGUAUUUCGUACAUUUGACGAAUUUCAAGGGCUUGACACACAAUUGCGUCGUGCAUUUCCACAAGAUAUGCAUUCAGUGGCACGACCUCCACCACACCGUCGACGCACAUGGCUACAUCGUCAUCGCAGUGCAAAGUUCUUGGCUAAACGCUGCGCAGAACUAAAUUUGUACCUCGAGUGCCUUGUACGUAGUCCACACUUGAGACUCACAAGGUUCUUGGACCCACGUGCACCACUAGUAUUGCGUUGUUUUUGCAACUUUGAUGCAGGGUUACUCGCGGCAGAAGUUACAGUGGUGCGUAACCCGGUUCGAAAUUGGGACUUGUAUUUAGAUGGAAAUGACACAAGAAAUGGCUUGAAUAAUACAGUGGACGACAGUGUCGUACGCCCAAUGGACGAAAACGAACGGAACUGGAGACCUCGAUCGCGGAGACGGUCGAGAAUAGAGCACCACGUUCACAACGUUAAGCUGGACGAACUUGAGGCCAAUCUCAUCGAUGACAAAUCGCGAAAUUUAAUCAUGUGUGUCAAGUACGAAUGUGCAUGUCGUGUGGCUCCUUUUCGUGUCGUGUAUACGCAACUUUUGCGAAUGUUGCAGCUUCGUGGCUGGAAACAAGUAUACGCACCACCCAAUGGCGCGUAUACAGCGUUAUAUUGUGUCUUAUACAAGCUGCAACAGCUCAACGAUUUGGAUAAACGACUAUACGAUGCAUUCACAGGUUCUGGACGAUCACUUUCUCCAAUCGCCAAUGAUCCAGACGUAUUCGAAUCAGGUGCUACGUGUCACGAGCAAUUAUCUGUUGGGGUACAUUAUUUGCGUCAGACACUAGUGCAUUAUGGAUUGUUACAUGCUCAUAUCCUCGCAAAUCACUUCCUCAUGACAACGGUAGAUUUAAAAAGACGAUUACAUGACUUGAAGUCCCAACGACAAUCGCGUGUGGGUGCUAUCGAGCUCGUCGUGGUUGCUACGAUACUUAAUCUGUCCAUAUUACUCGUGACAAAUGAUCAUGAAGGGUCUGAACAUCAAAUUUUACCACUAGCCGGUUUGCGGGCAAUUCGACCAGGAAAGCGAAUUCAUAUGACGUUCGGAUACAUCCUUCCAACGCUAGCUUGUGUCGAUGGAUUUUAUUUAUUGGCAGAACGAGAUUCGAAUCGAUCUGAUCCUGCAUCACCUUGGCAGAUUGCAGCGACAACUAGAUCAGCGCGAUCACGAAAUGGCUUGUGGCAAGGUCUCGACGAAAUGGACCGUCAGUUUAUGGUCGAGAUUGAACGUACCAUUUCUAAUGCUCCAGUGUGGGAAUUUGAUUGUAGUAUCGCCGAGUCACUCAAUUCAGCCAUUUUAGAUGCUGUGUGGGACGAUUGCCACCAUAAUCCAAGUCUAUUUUCCCGUUUUCAGCGCCAUGCGCGAGAUUUCGGUAAAGGUAUUACUUCGGCUCGUCAUUUUAUGCAGUAUCUCGAAGUGGCGUUCGGACUUGACGGCGCAACGUACCUCGUGGACUUUUUACUACAUGUAUUGCCGGAAAAAAAGCUACGCACACAAUUAAGUCACGUCCGAUGGAUGCGUUUGCAUGUUCAACUUGCUCGACGCGUGGUUCCAGACCUUCAUUGA